CCUCACCUCCCUCACCUCCCUCACCUCAAUCAAUCCUUCUCUUUCCUCUCCUCCGUCUCCUCCCUCACCUCAAUCAAUCCUUCUCCUUCUCCUUCCUCUCCUCCCUCUCCCCUCUCUCCUUCCCACCGCCGGCCAGCCCGUCAACCUCCCAAUCGACAAAGAAGGAUACCUUCCUAUGGGAACUGCGAUAUCGACGACGACCACCACACCGUCCGACAAGACCGGCCGACAAGACGACAUCAAUUCCACCCAAGACCGGCCGCCACAAACGACCCCCUACAUCGACCGCCACGCCCAAUUCCUACCAUAUACGACCCCGAAACCGUCCCCGACCUUCCCCACAGUAUCUAGCUCAACGACCUACCCACAAGCAUCAAUGUCUGAGACGUUGAUUCAAUAAUCAAAUAUAGCUUCGACCAUACCACCACCCGGCCUGGCAUUCUAUAUAACGACUGGAUACGUCGGACGUACCUUGGCAUUGCACCUCUUGCUCCUGUCCUGCAUUUUCCCUACGCAGCGUUCAUAGUUAAAUUGGCUUGUAACGAUUACAUUCUUCUGUCGUCAGAACAUUCGAAUAACGCCCAUAUACUUCUCUCCAUAUUUAUUGCAAUCCGGCCGACACAGUUGUGGGAGCCGUGUUACAAUUUGCUGCCAUCAUGGAAGCCUCCUCACCUCUGGCUGCCAUGCAGCCUCCCUCCCUCAUGCCAUGGAACUGCAGAGAUAUGUACAGCACUCGCGGAAAUUCCAGUCUGUCGACAACGAAUAGUUUUGGUCCAGGAGCAUUCAAUUUUAGAGAUCUGAGCAUGAAGAGGCCAGCCCCAGAGUACUUCUCCCUGAAAACCAUUCGAGGCUCUUCCCCCACAACCAGCCUGGCAGCCGAUCUUUCUCAGAACUUCCAUAUUGAUAUGAGCCCACAACUGCCGACUCCCCGUCGGUCUCUGUUCACAGCAAACAUCUUUGGUGCACUGGAUAGUCGUGAGAGCGUCACCACACCUCCGCUGCAAUCCUCGUCUCCAGGGCCAUUCUACGAAUCCAUGGACGUGUCCCCGCUGCCUCAUAAAGCUCCCUAUUCAGUCCAGAUCGAGGCCCAGUCUCCAUGCCCACCUCAGACAAAUGAACAUGAGAUGACCCUUCGAUCGUCUCCCCCGCGUCCCAAUGUAGCAGAGCUCCCCAAGUCAGCUCCGUUCAUGCCUGAGAGGAGGAAAUCCAUUUUGCUACGACCAGGACUAGCGAGGACAAAGGGGCACUCAGCAGGUUCCGUACCACAACGGUCACGCCCUGAGAUGCAGCUGCCUCCUUUCCGCUUUGGUGCAGGAAGCAGCAAGCUGUCAACAUCGACCUCUAUGUCGCUUGGAGAGUGCUUUAUGGAAUCGCCCCCCCAAGAGAAGAGAAUGGCAGUUUCAAGUAACCCUACAAUCGCAGUUAUCCCGCCGCAAAGAACAAAGCAGUCAUCUUUAAGCAUAUCUGUUGUUCGUAACGGCUCACCCAUCAGCCAUGCACGACGUCCGUCAAACCCCCUCUUUCGCCCGAGGAAGCAGUUUCGUCGGUCUUUGAGCAUGUUUGAGAACCCAGCGGAUAUCAUGACCCAAAAGAAAGAGCCGCCUACAUGCUCAUCCACCGCCCUUCAAUCCGUCAUGGAUGUUGAUGAGCAGCAUCAGCCAGUGCUGCCCCAUUUCUUCCAGGAAGGACAACCGGACAGCAUCCCAAGAAUUACGAAAGAUACACUUGUUGAUAUUCUCGAGGGAAAGUUCGACCAGAAUUACAAGAAGAGAAUGGUUAUUGACUGUCGAUUCGAGUAUGAAUACAACGGCGGUCAUAUUAAUGGCGCUGUCAACUAUAAUGCUAAAGAGAUGUUGACCGGCGAACUAUUCGCCAACACGACCGAAAACACACUCCUAAUAUUCCACUGCGAAUACUCUGCCCAUCGGGCUCCGAUCAUGGCACGCCAUGUUCGCCAGCAAGACCGCACGACAAACAUUGAGCAUUAUCCAAGGCUAACUUAUCCCGAGGUCUACAUCCUUGACGGAGGCUACAGUGCCUUCUUCUCCGACCAUCGUGACCGAUGCUACCCACAAAACUACGUUGAGAUGGAUGCAAAAGAGCAUGCGUUCACAUGCGAGCGAGAAAUGGGCAGGCUCCGUCAGAACAGAGGAAAGCUUAGCCGUGCCCAGACCUUUGCUUUCGGACAGCAUGGCGGCGUCGAGGAUAGCCCAACUGGACCGAGCCGAUCAGGCAGAGCAUUCGACACCAUGAUGCUCGAUUCAUCGCCCAUACCGAACGAUAAUCGCGUCCAUGGUCGCCGUUUGGCAUCAUAUUAACUUCCUCAUGACUUCGUGUCUUACUGGCCGGAGUUUGGUAUUUUUCCUUUUGGCGUUCCGGUAUAUGACUUCUCAAACACAUUUUCAGCGACUGAGCGAGCCGUUUCAUUCAUACCUCUUCGCAUAGCGCACAUGUCAACCUUUCAUAGACUUUAUGGCAUUUGAGCGAAUAUUGCAUCUUUUGCUCCAGCCUAUCGACCUUCUGCAUCUGCUGCAUUGUCCGCCACGACUACUCUACCAUACCCCACCAGCACUUCAUUAUGAAGCUGCUCUGCAAAUAUCUUAUUUGCAUACUCUAAACCCCGCGGUGGAUCUUUAUAUGCGACCACGUAAUGGCCAAUGGCCAUUAUCCAACACACCCGGAUUAGGCAUUUCCGGCCAUUAUCUUCUCCACCAUACACCAUACUAUAGCCGCAACCAUCGUGUCGGCCACAAACCUAUUUCCUUGACGUCUAAAGACUCGACUUGUUUCUCAAACAGAGCAAGCGAGCACAUACUGGAUGAGACCAUCCGUCUCUCGCACUCACACACACCUUGUUCUCACACCAACCACGAUGUCUCACUUGAGGCCCUUCUUGAUCCUGUUUUUGCGUCGCUUUUGCAUCUGCAUUGCAUCACUGCAUAGCUUUUCGACCUUCUCACCCGUCUAAUUUGACAGAGAGGUUCUAUAGGGCUGUGUUUUUUAGCCGUCGGCGAGUUUUAGUUUUCUGACGGGCUGUGCGAUUAUGCGGAGGGCGAAGAGCGAUUACUCUGUAUUGACCAUGUAUCUUUGUAGAAAUUGGCCCUCUUUGGGGGGCGGUACAUGUGGGGAUAAAUCAUAUGAAGGGGUCGGAUUGAGAAGCAUUAGUUGUUGAGAUACUUAGGAGAGAAAACUUUCGAAGCAUCUUGCCCUUUACUUUGCGACGUGAUUAAAUUAACAUGCUUUCCGUCUUAACUGUAGUUGCG